AUGCACGAGAUUUACGACAGCAGACACCUCGUGCGGCAGUUUGUGUUGUUACGUUGAGGACACGUGAGGAGCUUGAUUUUAAACUUCAGGAGCAGAAAUCACCUUUUUUUAAAGUUUGCAGGGCGCCAUGGCCGACAGGUCUCUGCCCGCCUCGCCGAACUGGUACUGCUCGCGCUGCAGUGACGUCAGCAGCAGUGGCUUACUGGGUGUCGGUGCCAGAAAUGUGGUUUAUUUGAUUGACGUGAGCGCCUCCGCGUGCCGAGUCACAGGACAGCUGGUGGGCCACGCGGACCUGGUGUCGGGCUUUUCUUUCUGUCAGCACGCGGGUCAGAACCAUGUCUGCGCCAGCUCCUCCACCGACGGCAGCGUCCGCUUCUGGGACUCAAACAGCAGGACGUUGGUCAGGGAGCAGGUGGCUCAUCAGACCCCCGUCUCGGCUCUGCACUGGUCUCCUGUGGACAAAGACCUGGUGGUGUCGGGGGACGAGAAAGGGGUGGUGGUGUGCCACUGGUUCCACACCGGAGACACCGCCAGCUUCUUCCCUGAGCCCAGGACCAUCGUCUGCCUCACCUGCUCGCCUCACACCUGGAGCUCUGUGGCUAUUGGGUACAAAGACGGGAUGAUCGUGCUGGUGGAUGUCAGUAAGAAAGGGGAGGUGAUGCACCGUCUCCGUGGACACGACAAUGAGAUCCACUCGCUGGCGUGGUCGCCUGUGUCGGGGGAGUCGGCGCUGUUCAGCAGAGCUGAGGACGACGAAGCAGCAAACGGAGGGUCUGCAGGAGAACACGGAUGCUACCUCGCUUCUGGGAGCAAAGACCAGACGGUGAGGGUGUGGAGCACCUCCAGGGGCAAAGGAGUGAUGACCUUAAAGCUGCCGUUUCUGAAGAGAAGAGCCUCCGCCGUCGACCCCGGGGUCAAAGAGCGGAUCUGGCUCAGCGUCCUCUGGCCCCCGGGACGACCCACCGAGCUGGUGUCCAGCUGCUUCAGCGGAGAGCUGCUGCUGUGGGACCUGACCAAAGGCGGGAAGCAGCGCUGGACGUUGUUCGGGUCCUCCUCAGAGGGUCAGAACCACAGCCGGAUCGUCUUCAACACCAGCUCGCUGCGUCUGCAGGACGGAGGGGAGCUGCUCUUCAGCACCUCCAUGGACCGGGAGAUCAAAUGUUGGGACCUGAAGACCCUCAGCUGCUGCUGGACCCUCUUCUCCCUGGGGGGCGUGGUGUACUCCCUGACCUUCUCCCCUGUGGGUGCAGGAUGUUUGGCGGUGGGCGCGGGGGACAACAUGAUCCGGGUGUGGAACACUCUGAGCAGCCAGAACAAGUACGACAUCCGGACCUUCUGGCAAGGCGUCAAGUCCAAAGUGACUGCGCUGGCGUGGCACCCCCAGAAAGAGGGAACCCUGUCUUUUGGAACAGAAGACGGUAAAGUGGGAAUCUACGAGGUCUUCUCCAGCAGGCCUCCUCAGAUAUCCAGCUCCUACCACAGGAAGACUGUGUACACGCUGGCCUGGGGGCCCCCCGUGCCCCCGCUGUCCUUCGGUACAGCGGGAAAGCAGAGCUUCGGCCUGUACAGCUGCGCAGGCGAAGGCGUGAUUCUGCAGCACGACCCGGCAAAGCUGAGCAGCGAGGCAACGGACAUCGACAGGCUCAUCAAAGACACCAACGACAUCAAGCACAAGCUGUCUCCACACACCGACCUCAGCUGGAAGCCGGAUGGGAAAGUCGUUGCCAUCGGUAACGAGGAUGGGUGCAUUGAUGUUUUCCAAGCCCCCAACCUGAAGCAACUGUGCAGCGUCCAGCAGCACCACAAGAUCAUCAACUCGCUGCGGUGGCAUCACCAGCACGGCUCCGCCUCAGAGCUGCACACGCUCCUGGCCUCGGGCUCCAGCAACGCCAUCGUCUACGUGCACGACCUCCGCUCCGUGAUAGAGAACCCUCCAGAGACUCCUGUGGUCCUGACGGAGCCGUACCGGCGGUUGUGCGGUCACACAGCCAAGAUCACCGGGAUGGCGUGGAGUCCACAUCACAGCGCUCGGCUGGUCACGGCCUCGUAUGACGGCACGGCACAGGUGUGGGACGUCCUGGAGGAGGCGCCCAUCUCUAACUACCGGGGUCACGUGGGGUAUCUGCUGAGCGUGGACUGGUCCCCCGUUGAUCCAGACGUGAUCUGGACCGGAGGAAAAGACUUCACCGUGCAGGAGUGGAAGGUCUCCCAACAGGAGUUCACAAAGCCACCUAAAGGGAGGAAGAUGAGCACGCUGCAGGAGAAGAAGAAGUCCGGCUCCAAGCAGAAGAAGAAGAGCAAGAGCGCGCCGGGGCUCGGAGGAGAUGUGGUGCCAAAGAUGAACGGCGACGGAGAGAAGGAUCUGUCUGAGGAGGAGGAGGAGGAGGUCGGCUCCACGAGCAGCAUGCAUCCUCCAGGAGCAUCUUUGGAGAAGAAAUCCUCAUCUGUCUCCAGAAGUAAAGAGAAGCCACCAGCAGAUUUGAGCCUCCUGAAGAAGAAGAAGCCUCGCUCCAUGCUGCCCCUCAGCACGUCCAUGGACCACCGGCCCAGGGAGGAGCUGCUGCAGGACUGCGUCACUCUGGCCGCCGUCAGACACGCCUCAGCGCCACCUGCUGGCUGCAGCCCGGGACAUGGCGACCAUGUCCACCUGGGCCUGUUUGCAGACCGGCGGGCUCUGCGCCUCAUGCUGGAGGCAGAAGAGGAAGGUCACGUGCAGGCGGGGCACUUCGACUCGGUGGUGUACCUGCGGCUGUGGAGCGGAGACCUGCAGGGGGCGCUGCAGCUGGCAACGGAGAAAGGAGAGCUGAACGACCACCUGCUGUCCGUCGCUGCGAUGGCUGGUUUUGAGGCCUGGAGCCGCGCGGUGGAGGCCUACGUCAGGCAGCUGUGUCUGCAGGAGCAGUACCUGAAGGCGGCGUCCCACCUGCUGUCCAUCAACAGAGUCUACGAGGCCGUGGACCUGCUGCGAUCACACAAGCUCUUCAGGGAGGCCAUCGCUCUGGCGAAAGCGCGGCUGGCGCCGGACGAGCCGGUCCUGAAGGAGCUGUACGGCGGCUGGGCUGCGGUGUUGGAGAAGGACGGCCAUCUGUCCGCAGCAGCUAAAUGUCACCUCGCCGCCGGCUCCGGUUUCGACGCCGCCAAAGUCAUCGCCAAGAAGAAUGACGUCGCGUCUUUGAGGACGGCAGCCGGCGUGGCCAGGAUCUCAGGGGAGGGGGCUCUGGCUCAGACGCUGGCGCUGCGAUGCGCCAAAGAUCUGGCGGCUGCUCAGGAUUGGCUGACGGCGCAGGAGGUCCUGAGCGGUCAGGACGACCUUCUGGUCCACAGGCUGCAUCUCUGCGUGGCGGAGCUGCUGACUGUGGAGCUGCGUGACGCCGGGGUCAUCCCUGCAGCCUCCUGCAGCUCCACCCACACAUGGGCGGAGCCAAGAAAACAUCCCGCCAGCAUCCAGGACCGAGUCAGAGACGUGUGGGAGGAGGAGUUUGGCAUUUCUGCAAACGCACCAGAAGACGGCAGCAUGGAGGCUCUCCUGCAGGAGCUGAGGUCCGUGGAGAGUCCGGCCCCCACCGCCCCCCUGAAACAGGUCCUGCUGCAGGCCUCGCUCCAUCUGACCCGCGGCGUGCUGAGCUGGAUCCUGAACGACGACGCGCAGCUGCUGAAGGAGCUGUGGUGGGCGGCGGCCUGGAUCAGAGACGCCGGACUCUUCUGCGCCUCCGCAGAGCUGUGCAGGCGGCUGUUCCCCGAAGGUGAUGUUGGUCUGUUCUCCAGGAAACGUCCAAAGACCCUGAAGGGGACCGAGGCUGAGGCGAGCGCUGCGCUCAGCAGCCUGCAGGCCUUGGUCCGCUAUCACCGCCUGUACGAGUGCUGGUGGAGGAGCGCCGCGGAGCAGGUGGAGGUCCAAAAGGGAGCAGCGGGCGAAGGCCAGGAGGACUUUGAAGUGCUGCUGUCCGAGCCGCACGCCGCCUGUCAGAGCCUGCAGAGGUCGGUGCAGGAGAUCCGGGAGCGGCUGGCGGCCAUGGUGGCGCAGCACAGCCGAGCGCAGGAAGACCCGCUCCCUGUGGGGAACCAGAACUCUGCAGAGCACAGCUGUGAAGAUCAGGAGACUCUUCUGUCUCUGUCCUCCAAGAUGUCCAAAUACCAGCAGCAGCUGGUCGACCUGCCCGACACCCUGAAGAUGUUUCCUCAUCCAGACGUCCUGGAGUGUUCCCUCGUGCUUUUGCACCUCGGCCGAUCUGCGGGCGCCGUGUGUCCGUCGCUGCGACAGAAAGCCGAAGACCUGCUGCAGAAACACGGGAGGAGUCCCUCCAUUCUGAACGCCUAUCGGCGCUUCAUCACAUGAACACGUCUGCUGCUGAACCUCUGCACCUGUACAGUUUUGGUUAAUAAAGGACACAUGAAAGUCACCUGAA